CGGCUGCUGACGUGUCGGGGGCGGGGCGAGGGGCGGGGCCUCCGCGAGGGGCGGGGCGAUGGCGGCGGCGGAGGCGGCAGGCGCGGCGCGGCGCAGGCCCCGCGGGCGGCCCGGUGGCGGCGGCGGCGGCGACCCCCCGGCCCCCGCGGCCGGUGCCGCCGCGGCCCCGGCAGCGGCCCCGGGCCUGGCCCGCCGCCUCCUGGGCUUCGAGCCGCGCGAGCUGACCCGCUGGCACCGCUUCGUCCGCCUGCUGCACCGGCCCGCCGACCCCGCCGCCCUCGGCGCCUUCCGCUGCGCCUUCGGGCUGCUGAUGGCGCUGGACAUCCCCCAGGAGCGGGGGCUGGGGCACCUGGACCAGCGCUUCCUGGACGGCCUGGAGGUCUGCCGCUUCCCGCUGCUGCCCUUCCUGGCGCCGCUGCCCCUCGACUGGAUGUACCUGCUCUACGCCGUCAUGUUCCUCGGCGCCCUGGGCAUCAUGGCCGGGUGCUGCUACCGCCUGAGCUGCCUGGCCUUCCUGGGCCCCUACUGGUACGUCUUCCUGCUCGACAAGACCUCCUGGAACAACCACUCCUACCUCUACGGGCUCCUGGCCUUCCAGCUGGCGCUGGUGGGCGCCGACCGCUACGGCUCCGUGGACGGGCUCUUCCGGCCGCGCAAGAGGAACGCUCACGUGCCGCUGUGGAACUACACGUUGCUGCGCAUGCAGAUCUUCAUCGUCUACUUCAUCGCCGGGCUGAAGAAGCUGGACGCCGACUGGGUGGGCGGCUACUCCAUGGGCUCCCUCUCCCGCCACUGGCUCUUCGCCCCCUUCAAGCUGGUGCUGUCGGAGGAGGCGACGAGCUUGCUGGUGGUGCACGGCGGCGGGCUGCUGCUCGACCUCUCGGCCGGCUUCCUGCUCUUCUUCGACGCCAGCCGCCCCGUGGCCCUCAUCUUCGUCACCUACUUCCACUGCAUGAACUCGCAGCUCUUCAGCAUCGGGAUGUUCCCCUACACGAUGCUGGCCAGCAGCGGGCUCUUCUGCGAGGCGAGCUGGCCGCGGCGGCUCUGCGCCCGCUGUCCCGGCUGGCUGCGGCGGGCGCUGCCCAGCACGGCACCGCCGGGCCCCAGCGCCGACUGCGCCUACGGCGGGCGCCGGGCCGGGCGCCCGGGGUGCCGCCAGCACCUCGCCGCCCUCUUCACCCUCCUCUACGUGCUGGAGCAGUUCUUCCUGCCCUACUCGCACUUCAUCACCCAGGGCUACAAUAACUGGACCAACGGGCUCUACGGCUACUCCUGGGACAUGAUGGUCCACUCCCGCUUCCACCAGCAUGUGAAGAUCACCUACCGCGACGGGCUCACCGGCGAGGUGGGCUACCUCAAGCCGGGGGUGUUCACGCAGAGCCGCCGCUGGAAGGACCACGCGGACAUGCUGAAGCAGUACUCGGCCUGCCUGAGCCGCCUGCUGCCCCGCUACAACGUCUCGCAGCCCCAGAUCUACUUCGACGUCUGGGUCUCCAUCAACGACCGCUUCCAGCAGCGGCUGGUGGACCCGCGGGUGGACGUGGUGCAGGCCGAGUGGUCGCCCUGGCGCCCCACGCCGUGGCUGCUGCCGCUGCUGCUGGAGCUGUCGCCGUGGCGGGCCCGGCUGCAGGCCCUGGAGAGCAGCUUGGACAACCACACCGAGGUGGUCUUCAUCGCCGACUUCCCAGGUUUGCACCUGGAGAACUUCGUGAGCGAGGACCUGGGCAACACCAGCCUGCAGGUGCUGCGGGGCGAGGUGACGGUGGAGCUGGUGGAGCAGGGCAGCAACCGCACGCUGCGGGAGGGCGAGGGGCUGCAGGUGCCGGCCGGGCAGUACCACAAGGUGCACACGGUCUCGCCGGAGCCCUCGUGCUACAUGUACGUCUACGUCAACACCACGGCCUUGGCGCUGGAGAAGAACCUCACGCGGCUGCAGGAGCUGCGGGAGCGGGUGCAGAACGGCAGCGAGACGGAGCCGCUGCCCCCCGAGCUGCGGCCCAUCGUGGGCGAGCCGCUGGCCGAGGGGGCCCAGGCCGACCCGGUGGUGCGGGCCUUCCUGCGGCGCCAGCAGCGCCUGGAGGAGCUGGGCCGCCGGCGCGACCGGAGCCUGGCGCAGCGCUUCCACCGCUUCCUCACCAAAAAAUACUACCUCUUCCGGCGCAGCGCUCUGAUGACCUUCAUCUCCCUGCGCAACCUGGUGCUGGGCCGGCCGCCGCUGGAGCAGCUGGCGGAGGAGGUGGCUUUCGCCAACCUGCGCGGCCCCGAGGAGAGCGCCCACCCCGGCAGCGGGGACCCCGGGGGGGCCGAGCAGCGCCCCGAGCUCUGAGCCCCCCCCCACGACCACCGCAGUGCCCUGGAGGGGGGCGUCAGGGCCCCCCCUCCAAAAUAAACUCUUUUUUAUGCCCUCCC